UAUUACAGUCGGGUUAUUCGAGAGGCCAGACGGACGUCAGAGCCACUCCGUCAGAGAGAAGCGAAAGUUUGUAGGCCUAUAACUAACUCAAAGACCAAGUUUUGGAUCUAAUGCAACACCAGGUUUGUAAGGAAAUGGCUGCAUCCUCAUUAGACAAUAGGGAAAAGGCCACAGAGAUCCAUAAUGAACUGGUUGAUCAUUUGGGUCAACAUCUUGAGCCACAAGAUUUCAUACGACUGAAAAAGCGUUUUAGGAAUUGUCCUCUUACUCCUGCAGACUUAAAUGGCAUUCAGGAUGUUAAUGACCUAUUUGAACGUCUUACCAACUAUACGAAAAUAGAUUUGGGAAGCUACGAAACAAUUAUAUCAAAGUUGAAGGUCAUUAAUCUUCAACAGGCUAGAUAUGUGGAGAAACAACAAAGACGAAUUCAAGAAAUCCUGAAUGAAGGACCACCAGCAGCAAAAAGACCGAGAACUGAAAGAGAGGGAGACCUGAAUGGAAGGACGUUGAGAGCUGUGAUAGAAAGAACAAGAUUAACAACCAUUGAUCAAACCUCAAAACCAGAGGUGAUCUCUACACAAGCCUUGGAAGACGCUAAAGAAAUGAUCAGAAAGAACAGCAUUGUCCUCAUCAAGGGUGCCUCAGGGGAUGGGAAGACUUUAAUGGGUUACCAACUGCUGAAGUGGCUAAUGGACGGCGAUGAUAAGGAUACCAGACUGUCAAAGGAUCCUGUCCAGCUUUACAGCAUGGCCAAAUGGGAUGAAAUUGUUGAGCCAAACACACAAUUAGCUGUAUAUGUUGAUGAUGUUAGUGGGGAAAUCGCUGAAGAUUUAAAGAAAAGGGAUAUCUCCAUUAAGUCGACAUUUUGUGGGAAACUCAAUAAUAGAUCGAAUUGUUUGAUACUAAAUGUUCGAGAUGAAAUUUUCAAAAGCACACAAUUAUCUUCUUGUGAAUUCUUCGAACAAAAUAUCAUUGAUUUGAGAGGUAAAAACUGCAUAAAAAUUGCAGAAAAAAAGCUUAUUUUAGAAAGUUAUGUCCAAGAAAUUAAAACCUUUCCUAGUGGAAAGGAAUCUGAAAUAAUCAAACUUGCCCCAGAUAUAGGAUUUCCGCAGUGUUGUCGACUUUAUAGGGAUGUUCCCAACUUACAAAAAGAGGGGGUUCAUUUCUUCAAACGUCCAUUUCAUUUCAUGGAAACAACUUUGAAGAAAUUACCAGAGGAGCACUUUUCUGCUCUUCUGUUUCUCUUUCUCAAUAAUGGGAGGGUUAAGAAAGGGGAUUUAGAUCCUAAAAACAGUGAAAGUGUUGACAAGAAAAAGCUUGAUGAAGCUUUCCAGGGAAUUAAACUUGAUCAUGCAGACAAAAUCAGAUCUCUGCGGAAAAGUUUAGAUGUAAUGUUUGGAUCUCUGGUUGAAAAAAGAAAAUAUUAUCUUUAUGAUGAUGAUGAUGAUUUUUAUGAUGAUUAUGAUGAUUUUUAUGAUGAUGAUGAUGAUGAUGAUGGUGAUGAUGAUGAUGAUGAUGAUGAUUCAAUUUACAAAUUUUGUCAUGAUUCUGUUCAGGACACUGUUGCCCUUUUGUAUGGCAAGGACACAAAAAUUGGGUUUAUAGAAAAUUGUCCCCGAAAGUUCCUCCACUAUAUAUCAACAUCAAAAUCCACAGCUAAUAGAAUAGUUAUAAAAUCUAGUAGUGAACACAUGUAUAAACGUUUGACCAGAGAGUGUGAAUCUGAUGUCCGACGAUAUGACUGGGACUACAGAGUCCGAUAUGACUGGAACCACGGAUUGUCUGACUAUAUAGUUAGAUUAGAUGUAUGGACAGACACCCUGUUUCUACAGGGAUUUAUUAGUUGGCUAAGUGGUCAGAAUGAUGACAAAAACUUACACCAACUGAUAAAAGGUGUCUUGUUAAAUGGAGCUUGCUCUGCUGGUUUAGAAGAUCGUGUCUCGUGUCUCCUUUCUGUGGGUGCCACACCUGACAAUGAUACACUGUUUAGUGUAGUGAAGGGUGGGAAUGUACAACUACUGCGUCAACUACUAAAGUAUGACGUCAUUCCUACAGCGAGGGCAUUCAGGUCACGAUCAUCACAUUUAGCUGACAAUAUCAAUGUCCUACACGAGGCGUGUUUGUUUAAGAGAGAAGAGAUGGUGACCAUGUUGUGUGACACUUACCCAGACUUGGUACAUGGGACUGAUUGGAGGGGACGAAGCCCGCUCCAUCUUGUGGCACUGACAGGAAACGUUGGUAUAUUUCAGACAGUGGAGAGAUUGAUACUUAAAUCAUUGUGUAGAGUUGAGGAUGUACAACAUAAGUGUGAGACAGAAGAUGGUCGUGAUGUACAUAGGAGUUGUGUGUGUGGACAGUACCUGUCACAGUUAGUGGACAAGUUAGGGUUUACAGUAUUACAUUGGAGUUGUAUACAGGGACACAGGGAGCUUAGUUUAUACCUGUGUCAGUGUUACCCAGCACUAACUACAGCUGUAGAUAAGUUCGGGUAUAAUUGUCUACAUCACAUAGCCAAGUGGACAACAGAUGUAGACUGGUUCACUAAGUGUGAACGUCACGUAAAACUGAACGUAGAGAAAACAGGAGGUAAGUAUGACAUCACGACCAUACUUACUAAAUACGGGGAAUCUGUUUUAGACCUGGUAAAGGAAUGGACAGAGGAGAGAAAGUGGAGGGAGUUAGAUAACAACCCAUUGUAUGAUCAUCUUGUCGAAGUGUUUAAUAAGUAAAAUGUAUUAAAUAUUCACACUUCUAUACAUUAACUUGUGUAACAUAAUGACAAAAUAAACAGCAACGAACAGAACACUGUGGAAACCUUUUGUAGGAUCAUCUUGUCAAGUUUAUUUGUAAAUAAAAGUACUUAGAAAUAGUCACACAUACUUCUUAACCUUCUAUACAUUAACUUGUAUAACAUGGUGUAUAAUUAAACAAAGAUUAAGUUGAA